AUGCCGCUGGUGGUGCUGUGCGGGCGGCCGGGCAGCGGCAAGAGCCGGCGGGCCGCGGAGCUGCGGGCGGCGCUGGGCGGGCCGGAGCGGCAGGCGCACGUCGUGGCCGAGGCGGAGGGCGGCCGGGCGGCGCUGCGGGCCGAGGUGGAGCGGCGGCUGAGCCGGCGGGACGUGGUGAUCGUGGACGCGGGCAACGAGCUGCGGAGCAUCCGCUACGAGCUGUACUGCGCGGCGCGGCAGGCGGGCACGGCGCGCUGCCUCCUGCACUGCGAGGGCGGCCCGGAGCGCCCCGACGAGCCGCCCUUCGAGGCCCCCGACCCGCGCAAUCGCUGGGACCGGCCGCUCUUCACGGUGCACGGGGAGGAGCCGCUGCCGCUGGCCGCCAUCCGCGCCGCCCUCUUCGAGAGCGCCCCGCCGCCGCCGCACCGCGCCACCCGCACCCAGCCCCUGCAGUCCAGCAGCUUCCUCCACCACCUCGACCGCGUCACCCAGGAGGUGCUGGCCGCCGUCAUGGCCGCCCAGAGGAGCGGGGCGCAGCCCGGGGAGGUGGUCCGCAUCCCCGGCGUCGCCGAAGGGCUGGUGCUGAACCGGCCCGUGAGCAUGGCCGAGCUGAGCCGUCUGCGGAGGCAGUUCAUCAGCUACACCAAGAUGCAGCCCAGUGACGAAAACUUGCCCCAGUUGGCCAGCAUGUUCCUGCAGUACCUGAGCCGCAGCAUCCAGUGAACCCUGUCAGCUGUACCACACACAGCAGUGGCCGUGGUCCGGUCCCAAAGUACUUGCAACAGUAAGAACAUGUCUUCUAGCCACAGACCCCGUUGAACUUGGGUCCCACCUAUCGCAUAUCAGAUCAUGUGGCAACAGCAGCUCUGGGAAGAUGGAUGCUAUGUCCCUGCAGCAGCUGAGUAAGCCAUAUUGCUAAGAGGAUCUGUAGGAAUGCUGUUCCCCCACCCCCGCGUUCUCCCCACUUGCAUCUU